GCUCUGAACAUCUGGACAGCAUAUGAAGCCAAUGCUCUCUGUAGGGCAUCAGACUUGUCAUAAAAGCUGUGUCAUAAAAAAUAGCCAAAGCGAUUUGCUUCAGUAUCUCAAAGACCCUUAACACCCUUAUGUUCUUGUGUCCCAAGGAUGCCAUUGAUAUCAGAUUUUUUUUCUACGCCCGCUGUUGAGUACUACUUGAGGAAGGAGGCGAAUGAUAUGAAAUACACAGCUGAGAUGGUAAAGGAGGCCUUGCAGCAGGCUUAUCAUGCUCAGAGUUCAGUAACCGAGGAACUGAAACAGGCCACUGCUGACAUCAAGGGAACGCAACACUUGCUGGUCUCGGUGGAGUCAGAGACGUCCGACUCAGAGCUAAAAGUGAGUAACGCCACCCGCAGGCUCCUGAAAUUACAAAGCGAUGUAGCUCUGGUGAAAGAAAAGGCUAUCAACACCUCCACCAGUGCCAUCAACACAGAGAAAGAGGCUGAUAGCAUCAAUCCACUGGCUGACCCGCUCAAAAAGGUGUCUGAAUUACCUGGACAUGUUAUGUCAAUUAAUUCACUUGGAGAAUAUCGGUUUGGCUCAUCGGCAGAAAUAUUCAUAUCGGCCGAUACCGAUAAUGGUCAUUUUAAGCUUUUAUCGGCCGAUACCGAUGUUGUGCCGAUAUUAUCGUGCAUCCCUAGUUAUGAUGAAUAUCAGAAGCUGCUGGAGGACAAGUCAAAUGAGCUGGUGGAUCUGGAGAAGGCUGUGAAAGAACUGCUUCAGGAGAUCAGUCACAAAGUCACCGUCUACAGCACCUGUCUGUUUUAACACUACUACAGACUGCAUUAGGAAAAUAUAUUAAAUUACCUUCUGUGUCGAAUCCCUGAGAAGUUUCUGUGAGUUUUACAUCUGUUACAGCUACAGUUUUACCCAUACGUUUAUAUUGUAAGGGUAUUACACACUUUUAUGACCACAAGAGAAUGUCAUUUGGAUUUUAAAACAUAGCAGACCAAAGAGUGAAUGUAAGAUAUAGAACUAGGAGACUGCAA